AUGGUUUCUGAGUCAAAGGGGAGGAGUUCAUAUAGAGAGCCCAUAUAUAACAAGAACAGGAGCAUGAGCAAAUCUAACAAAUUUGCUAACUUGGAGUGCCAUUAUUGUCAUAAGAAAGAGCACAUGAAGAAGGAUUGCUGGAAGUUGAAAAAGGAUAGCAAACUUGGAAAGAAGCAAAAAGAUGGUGAAGAUCGGGUGAUUGUCACCGAAGAUCAGUUUCUUAUUCUUCUUGAGAGUGAUGCCAUUAAUGUUGCAUGCCAGGACACCAGUUUGGUUGUUGAUAGUGGAGUUACUACUCAUGCUACAUCGCAGCGGAAUUUGUUCACUACCUAUACUCCAAGUAGUUAUGGUUCUGUGAAGAUGGAUAAUGAUGUAGUGGCCAAAGUUGCUGGCAUGAGUGAUAUUUGCUUGGAGACUAGUGUUGGUAUUAGAGUUUUGCUUAAGGGAGUUAAGCAUGUCCCAUAUAUUAGGGGUUUUAGGGUUCUUAAAUUCCAAAAUCGAUUUGAGAAAGAAGAAUGUACUGUAGCAAACAGUAACUUCCGUUAG